AUUUGUCUAGAUACAGAUGUAUCUAAAUAUGUUGAGAUACAUCUGUAUCUACACAAAUCGUAUCUAAAUAUGUUGAGAUACAUAUGUAUGUAGACAAAUCUAAGACAACUAAUUUAGAACGGAAUGAGUACUAAUAAACUUUAUAGGUAAUCAAAUUAUAAAUGUUUGUUGGAGGUUAUAUGAACCAAUUUUUUGUUGGAAUAUAAAAGGUUGGUCUCCGACUCUAUAACUCCAAUAUUAAUGCUAAUUUUUAACUUAUCUUGUGUUGAUGCAAUUAGUUCAUGCGAAGGACAUCAUCGGAAGGACUCAUGGACUGCAAGAUGCUGCCAAUCAAUAACAACCACGGUGCAGGGGUUGCAAUGAUAAUGGGCCCAAACUUCUUAGCACGCAAGAACUACCAGCAAAGUUCACCUGAGGAUUUGGCCCUGGCAACAAUGUUGGUGAGACCGGGAAACCUGUUCAUGGAGGAUCCGGUGAUGAAGGAUGCAAGCCUGCUCACCGAUACCAACUACGGGUCGGUGAAGAAGGUAUAUGUGGUAGCAAAGGCUGAUGGCUCCAGCACCGAGGAGAUGCAGCGUUGGAUGGUGUUGUUGAGCCCCGGCACGGAGGCCGAGGAGAUCGCGGGAGCUGACCACGCCAUCAUGAGCUCAAGGCCUAGGGAGCUCUGUGAUGCUCUGGUCAAGAUCGCCGACAGCUUAAAUACUUGCUAAAUUGUACGAUAUAUAUCCCUGGAAAUCAAUGUAGGUGUGUACUUGAUUUUCAUCUAAAAAUAAAUAUGUUCAGUGAUACUAUUAAAUCAAUGGAAAUUAAGUAGUAUUACCUUCA